ACUUGGUGGGUGAGGGAAUGGCUUUGCCGGCCAAGAUUAAUAUUGCAAAAUGAGCAGCUGAUAUCCAGGACAAAGUUAUUGCUUCAGCUGGAAGGAUCUGCCUUUAUUUUGCUUAAUGCAGAAGAACAAAGCGAGCACCAUGGCACUGCUUUGAAUGCCCCCCUAGAGGAUGAAGGAACUGCUGGUGCAGUCAUGCAGCAGAAAUGCUGCUGGGAAGGGUGUGUUUAUCUUCAGGAACACAAAACAGUCUAACUCCAAGGGCACUGUUUGCUAUUUGAGCUGUGUGUCUUCACUCCAGCCACUUGUCCCCAGUACUUUGGAUGUUGUGCCCAAGGUGUGCCUUGGGCUCAGAGCUGUCCCCUGCCCACAGGAUCCACAUUUGUGUGUGGCUUCAUGUCACAGCAGUAUUCACCUGAAGCUGUCCCCUAUGCCAUUCUGGCUGCUCCAAAGGGAGCUUCCAGCUAGUGAGGGCUUUGCUGAAAAAUCCCAUUUCUGAGUGUAUGAUCUCUCUUCCUUCCUUUCCUCCACCCUCUGUACUCAGGGACAGAAAGCUGCUUUCCCUGUCCUCAGGUGAGAAAAAUCAGGGUGCAGAGCCUGUUAGAUAUGGUGCAUCCUGCUUCCCAUGAGCUCCAGUUGUUCCUGCCCUGGCUCACACCAGGCUUUGAGUGAUGUGGGGCUGGUCCUGGCUCCAGGGGGCCAAGGGAAUGGCUUGGUUCCGGUUGUUGUGCUUCCAGCAGCCCCUAAUCCCUGUCACAGGGUUUUCAUAUGGGAGAACAUGUCCUGGGACCCUGCCAUGUGCCUCUCUGCUCUCUUGGCCAGCCUGCUGGCUCCGGAUGGGUGGCUUUGCUGCUUCCCUUGCACCGUGCUUCUUCCCCAUUGGGCACGGCCAGUUUGGGGACAAGGAUGCCAAGGCAGAGACCUCCUGCUGGGGAUGGCUCUGCUGCCACUCAGGGCUGCUCUCCAGGGACCUGUUCCAGGUCAGACCCCAGGUCUGCAGCUGGGUUUAGGGUGUCAGCAAGAAGGCUUAGCUACUCAAGCUCAGGAAGGAUCUCACGACUUGGCCAUCAUCCGCCAGGCUGUCAGAGCCCUGUUAUCUCCAUGGCAGAGAGUUUGGGCUUAAAAUGACAUCUGAGGUCAGCUGGAAUUGAAAACAAGAUGUUGUUUGUGAGUUGUUGGCUGAAGCAGUGGCACAGAGGAGUGUGGGGCAGCAGGCACCCUCGGCUUGGUGUGCUUGUGUCUGGAGAAGCUCCAUGCUUUGUGGUCUGGCUGCUGGUGCCAUCAAGGUGAGGAGGCAGUGAGUUGAGGCUCGGUGUCACCACAACAAGGACCAUGAGCAGGUUGGAGAUGGAGCCCCACCGGACUGACCUUGUCUUUGGCAUGGGGUGGGCUUUUGGAGAGCAGCUCUGAACCCUGGGACAGGGCAUCCUCACUGUGCUCACAGGGCUCCCACAUCUUCCCUGGAUGGAUGAUGAAGCCCUGUUCCCUUCCACAGCUCCCGCACCUCUGCAGCCGAGAAGGAGAUGGGAGGAGCAGAAAAAAGGGAGAAGCAAUACCGAGCCCAUCAGGGAUUUGGGGAUCACCAUGGUGGAGUUACCGGAGCCCACACUUAUUUCUAUGCCGAUGAGGCCAAGUGUGACCAACACAUGGAGACUUUCCUCCGCUGUAUUGAUGCCUCAAGUGGCAGCUCAGAGGAUGGCUUCUCUGCCAUCAAGUUGACAGCACUGGCCAGACCCCAAUUCCUGGUGCGUUUCUCAGAGGUGCUGGUGAAGUGGCAGAGGUUCUUCCACCAAAUGGCUGCAGAGGAGGGCCAGGCUGGGCGGGCCGUGCUGGACACAAAGCUGGAGGUGGAGAAGCUGCAGGAGGUACUGGCCAACCUCGGCAUUGCAAGCAAGGCAGAGAGCCAGCAGUGGUUCACAGGCGAGAACCUGGGCACGAGCGGCACUGUGGACCUGCUGGACUGGAACAGCCUGUUUGACAGCCGCACCAAGCUCUCCAGGCCUCUGCUCAUCCCCAACAGGAAGACUGGGCAGCUGGAGCCUCUGCUGUCACGCUUCAGUGAGGAGGAGGAGCUGCAGAUGAAGAGGGUGCUGCAACGCAUGGAUGUCCUUGCAAAGAGAGCCAUGGAGAAGGGCGUGAGGCUGAUGGUAGAUGCGGAGCAGAGCUACUUCCAACCGGCCAUCAGCCGCCUCACCGUGGAGACGCAGCGCUGCUUCAACAGGAGCCAGCCCAUCAUCUACAACACCUACCAGUGCUACCUGAGGGUGAGGCCGGCGUGUCCCAGGGCGCUGGAGGCCUACAACAACGUGACAGGGGACAUGGAGCUGUCACGCCGGGAGGGCUGGCACUUUGGCACCAAGCUGGUGCGUGGUGCCUACAUGGAGCAGGAGAGGGAGAGGGCGGCUCAGAUGGGCUACGAGGAUCCCAUCAACCCAACCUAUGAGAAGACCAACGAGAUGUACCACAGGUGCCUGGACUAUGUCCUGGAGGAGAUCAAGCAUAGCCAGAAAGCCAGCGUGAUGGUGGCAUCUCACAAUGAGGACACCGUGAAGUUCACCCUGCACAGGAUGAUGGAGCUGGGGAUACAUCCCUCGGACAAGAAGGUGUGCUUUGGGCAGCUGCUGGGCAUGUGUGACCAGAUCACCUUCCCCCUCGGCCAGGCUGGCUUCCCCGUGUACAAGUAUGUGCCCUAUGGGCCGGUGAACGAGGUGCUGCCUUACCUGUCCCGCCGGGCCCAGGAGAACAGGGGCUUCAUGCAGCGGGCGAACCGUGAGCGGGACCUGCUCUGGAAAGAGGUCAAGAGGCGUCUCCUCACAGGAAACCUCUUCAGCCACUGACCCCAGCCUCAGCCCUGGGGCUCCUGUACCCUCAGCCUGAGCCGCUGUCACCAUUUCCCAUGCCAGUUCUGCCGCAGCUCCCCCAGCCCCCUUUGCCCUGGGAGAGAAGUGUCCUUGUUGCUGUUGAACCACUCACACCUUGGGUGACCUCUGGGAUCACCCCAGCGGGCAUUGCUCCAAAGAUGUCCCUCUGCCGUCCCAUGGCCUCUCGAGCUGUCCCAGGGGAGAUACUGGGACUCUCCUGCCAGCCUGCCCUGUGCCUUGAUGAACACUGUCCUGGUGUUUUUUCCCUGGCAGGAUUCCACAGGGUGAUUUAUCCACUUGCCUUGUGCCCAUGGGCUCAAGUCCAGGUGGGCUGGGUGACUUGGGGACAAGCUGACCUGAGCCAGAAACUCCUCCAGCCUCUGCCAGGGUUGGAGCUGCCCAAAGGGGCAGGAUCAGCCCCUGUCACCUGUCCCAGACAGCUACCUGCCUACUCACUGGCUUUGCACUGACCAGAGCUGGGCAGGUCCAGGCUCUCCCUCAUUCCACUGGGAUAAGCUGCCUGGGGCUGUCCAUCCUCAGGCACACAUCCAAUGGAGCAGGAAGGGUGAGGGAAGUGGGCUGGCCCCAUCCCUAUACCAGUCCUGCCUGCAGUCCCUGGUUCUAACGAUGGACCAUGGCAGUGGGAGCACCAGGAGCUGGACCACAGCUCGUCUCUGCUGUACACUGGAUUUGUAGAGAAUGGAAAUGAUUAAAUCACAACUGUUGCUGCUCCCGUC